AUUAAAUAUUCCCUGCUCCUGGCCUUUCUCAGCAACAGGAGGAUGAUUCUGGAGAAGGAGAAGAUGAUGCAGAGGUGCAGCAGGAAUGCCUUCAUAAGUUUUCUACCCGAGACUAUAUCAUGGAGCCCUCUAUCUUCAACACUCUGAAGAGGUAUUUUCAGGCAGGAGGCUCUCCAGAGAAUGUCAUCCAGCUCUUAUCUGAGAACUAUACUGCUGUGGCCCAGACUGUGAACCUACUGGCCGAGUGGCUCAUUCAGACAGGUGUUGAGCCCGUGCAGGUCCAGGAAACUGUGGAAAAUCACCUGAAGAGUUUAUUGAUCAAACAUUUUGAUCCCCGCAAAGCAGAUUCUAUUUUUACUGAAGAAGGAGAGACCCCAGCUUGGCUUGAACAAAUGAUUGCACAUACCACAUGGAGAGAUCUUUUCUACAAACUGGCUGAAGCCCAUCCAGACUGUUUGAUGCUUAACUUUACUGUUAAGCUGAUUUCUGAUGCGGGGUACCAAGGGGAGAUCACCAGUGUGUCCACUGCCUGCCAGCAGUUGGAAGUAUUCUCCAGAGUGCUCCGAACCUCUCUAGCCACCAUCUUGGAUGGAGGGGAAGAAAACCUUGAAAAAAAUCUCCCUGAGUUUGCUAAGAUGGUGUGUCACGGGGAGCACACGUACCUGUUUGCCCAGGCCAUGAUGUCCGUGCUGGCCCAAGAGGAGCAGGGCGGCUCUGCAGUGCGCAGGGUGGCACAGGAGGUGCAGCGCUUCGCUCAGGAGAAAGGCCAUGAUGCCAGUCAGAUCACACUGGCUUUGGGCACAGCUGCUUCCUACCCCCGGGCCUGCCAGGCCCUUGGGGCCAUGCUAUCUAAAGGAGCCCUGAACCCUGCAGACAUCACUGUUCUGUUCAAGAUGUUCACAAGCAUGGACCCACCUCCUGUUGAACUGAUCCGGGUGCCAGCCUUCCUGGACCUGUUCAUGCAGUCACUCUUUAAACCGGGGGCCAGAAUCAACCAGGAUCACAAACACAAGUACAUCCACAUCUUGGCCUAUGCAGCAAGUGUGGUUGAGACCUGGAAGAAGAAUAAGCGAGUGAGCAUCAACAAAGAUGAGCUGAAGUCAACAUCGAAGGCUGUGGAAACUGUUCACAAUUUGUGUUGCAAUGAGAACAAAGGGGCCUCUGAACUCGUGGCAGAACUGAGUACACUUUAUCAGUGUAUUAGGUUUCCAGUGGUAGCAAUGGGUGUGCUGAAAUGGGUGGAUUGGACUGUGUCAGAACCAAGGUACUUCCAACUGCAGACUGACCAUACUCCCGUGCACCUGGCAUUGCUAGAUGAGAUCAGCACCUGCCACCAGCUCCUGCACCCCCAGGUCCUGCAAUUGCUUGUUAAGCUCUUCGAGACUGAGCACUCCCAACUGGAUGUGAUGGAGCAGCUUGAGCUGAAGAAGACACUGCUGGACAGGAUGGUUCACCUGCUGAGUCGAGGUUAUGUACUUCCUGUUGUCAGUUACAUCCGAAAGUGUCUGGAGAAGCUGGACACUGACAUUUCACUCAUUCGCUAUUUUGUCACUGAGGUACUGGAUGUUAUCGCUCCUCCAUACACCUCUGACUUUGUGCAGCUCUUCCUCCCCAUCUUGGAAAAUGGCAGCAUUGCGGGCACCAUCAAAACAGAAGGCGAACAUGACCCCGUGACGGAAUUUAUCGCUCACUGCAAGUCUAACUUCAUCAUGGUGAACUAAGUCAAGCAUCUGCAGAGCUGAAGCAGGUUUUCCAGGCUCCACUGAGGAGAGCCCUCUCAAGAAGCUGCCAUAGUCAGCACCUUGGAUGUGGAAUCUGCUUAGAGGGGUGGAUGACUUCCUUAGAAGGAAAGUGUUAGCAGUGUGAGAGCCUGCUAGGGACAUCUCCUCCCUGUGUGGUCAGUCCAGAGCUCAUUUCCCUCCACAUUGCCUCCGCAUGAACCUGCUGCUGGCCCUGGGGGUGGUGGGAGUUGUGAAGUUGAGACUCUGGUGAACAACUUUUCAAGGCUAAGUUUUCUCACAAGAACCCAAUUGGUUAGUUGAUGUUUUAUUGUAAUUGUUUAAAUUUGCUAAGAAUAAUAAAUUUUUUAAAAGCUUU